GAGGCGGCGGGGGCCAUGGCGGCGGCAGCAGCAGCAACAGGCACCUAGGGCACAGGAAAAAGGCUGAGAGCACGCAGCCGACCCGCCGCGGGGGUACCGGCGGUCCCGCGCGGCGAGGCGCUGUUGGCUGCGCGCGGCGCCCCCAGGAGCGCGCGGGAGGAUCCGCCGGAGCGGGCCGGGCCGGGCCCCGCCGCCACGUGCCGCCAUGGAGCUAGAGGAGCUGGGCAUUCGCGAAGAAUGCGGCGUGUUCGGCUGCAUCGCCUCCGGCGUGUGGCCCACGGAGCUGGACGUGCCCCAUGUGAUCACGCUGGGGCUAGUGGGGCUGCAGCACAGGGGCCAGGAAAGUGCUGGAAUUGUGACAAGUGAUGGAGAGUCGUCCCAGGCAUUCAAAGUGCACAAGGGAAUGGGUCUUAUAAAUCACGUGUUCAAUGCAGACAGCCUGAAGAAGCUGUAUGUUUCAAACCUUGGUAUUGGGCACACCAGGUACUCUACCUCGGGGAUCUCCGAGCUGCAGAACUGCCAGCCUUUCGUCGUAGAAACUCUUCAUGGAAAGAUCGCUGUGGCACACAAUGGGGAACUAACAAAUGCUGUACGACUGAGGAGGAAGCUUAUGCGGCAUGGUGUAGGACUGUCAACCAGUUCUGACAGUGAAUUGAUCACCCAGCUGCUGGCUUUCACACCUCCUCUAGAAAAUGACGACACUGCUGACUGGGUAGCAAGAAUUAAAAAUUUAAUGAACGAAACUCCAACUUCAUAUUCAUUGCUAAUUAUGCAUAAAGACAUAAUCUAUGCAGUACGUGAUCCAUACGGGAAUCGCCCACUCUGCAUUGGUCGCCUUAUUCCAGUAGGGGACAUGAAUGGAAAAGGAAAAGAUAACAGUGAAACAGAAGGAUGGGUAGUCUCCUCUGAAUCCUGUAGCUUUUUAUCUAUUGGUGCAGAGUACUAUCGUGAGGUGCUUCCUGGAGAGAUCGUGAAAAUAUCCAGGUAUGACGUCCAAACACUGGAUGUUGUACCAAGACCAGAAGGAGAUCCAUCAGCAUUCUGCAUCUUUGAAUAUGUUUAUUUUGCAAGACCAGACAGUAUCUUUGAAGGUCAAAUGGUGUAUUCAGUCAGGAGGAGAUGCGGCCAGCAACUUGCUAUUGAAGCACCUGUGGAGGCAGACCUGGUCAGCACUGUUCCGGAGUCUGCAACUCCAGCAGCUCUGGGUUAUGCUCAAAAGUGUGGACUGCCAUAUGUUGAAGUACUCUGUAAAAAUCGCUAUGUAGGAAGAACUUUUAUCCAGCCAAAUAUGAGGUUACGGCAACUUGGUGUUGCAAAGAAGUUUGGUGUUCUGUCUGACAAUUUUAAAGGCAAGCGAGUUGUUAUCAUUGAUGAUUCAAUUGUGAGGGGCAAUACUAUUUCUCCCAUAAUAAAACUGCUAAGGGAAUCAGGAGCUAAAGAGGUGCACAUUCGUGUGGCUUCACCUCCCAUAAGAUUUCCAUGUUACAUGGGAAUAAACAUUCCAACAAAAGAAGAACUGAUUGCCAACAGACCUGAAUUUCACGAUCUUGCAAACUAUAUAGGGGCUGACAGUGUUGUUUAUCUUUCUGUGGAAGGCCUGGUAUCAUCUGUGCAAGAAAGCAUCAAAGCAAGAAAAGAGAAUGAGAACAGCCUUAAAGCCCAGAAAUCGCGUGUUGGAAAGAUCGGUCAUUGCACAGCAUGUCUCACUGGAGAGUAUCCUGUAGAGCUAGAAUGGUGAAUUUUUAGUGGAUGGACACUGGUUCAUCCACUGCUGAAUGUACCUGUUUCAAAGAUGCCUUCCUGCUAAUAGCCUUGUUACAUUUAGGUAAUAUGUAAAGCUUAUCAGAGCUAACUAAUUACUGUUACUAAAUAUAUCUUUAUGGUAUUGGCUUAGAUAAAGUCUGUGCUGACAAAAACUAUCUAAGCAAAUUAAAAUAUAAAAUCAUAUAGUUUUGAAGCACAGUUGUGCUUUCUAUUUUCUCAUAAAAUAUUGUAAAAACCAAAGUGUUUAUAAUUAUUUACCAGUCUCAAAGCUUUUUGUUUCAGUCUUGCCCUGAAUGUGAGAUAUCCCUGUCAGAUUUAUUCACAAAGUUGAAGAACAAAUUAUAAGUCAUAUGGUGUAAUUUCAACUUAUCAAAAUCGUUACACACAAGGAAUGUGAAGCCUGCUUCUCUCUUUUGGAAAUAAUACCAGAUUCUAAGAGUCAAGUUGCUUCCUCAGCAGUUCUUGCUUAGAUUUUUAGAUAUCUUGCAAAAUAGCCAUUUAUAUAUAGCUAAAUAGCAUAUAUAGCUGAAGAGCCAUUAUUAAUCAAGCCCUUUGUAACUCAGUGUCCAGAUUCUCAGAACAUAAUGUCUGGCACAUAAUUUUAAGAAUGAACACUCAGGGAGAUGCUAAGCCAAAAGCUUUCUAUGUUUGUAACUUCAAAAUUCUUUUCUGAAGUCUGAUGUAAAUCUUCAGGUGUUUUGCAGUGGCCAGUAGGAUGUGGAAGGAGAAAAACACUUGGCACUGCCAUUUUUUAUUUUUAUUUUUUGCUUCACAACUUGUUUUCUCCAGGACAAUUUCUGAAGUCUGAGCUAUUACUCAGUGUGCUCUUUCUAAGUUAGCGUCCAAACUUUACUCAAAAAUACAGUUGCUUUCUUAACAGUAAGCAUGAUAUAUCAACUGAAGAUUGAAUUGUUUUGGCCAGACUCUUAUUUUUACACAUUACUGCCGUUAAAAUAAGUGUAACGUUUUAAAAGAAAGAGUUUUGAAGAACCAUUAGUCUUGUACUUCUUAAUUGUAUUAACAUAAUAUUUUUUUAAUUGGUCACAGCUAUAGCUACUUGUAUACAUAAAGAUCACCUCAAAAUGAACCACUAGCUGAAACAGAAAAGCACCUUUUGAAAACUAUUGCAAAUUUAUGCACAAUUGUAAAAAAAUAUUUUGUAUACCUCCAUUUUUUCACAAAAUACCAGCAACUUAAUUCUAGAUUAUCUAUUUAUUGUUGUGUAUUUUGGCCUUGCAAUUGCAUGUGACACCGCUACAACAACAGAGAAAAAUACAAGUUUAAGAGCUUUUUCCUUCCCCAUCUGACAUGUAGUUAACAAUUGUAGUAACAUGUAACAAUUACAGCACUGGUCAUUAAAUUAAAAAUGGAGCUUUCUUAGGUGGGAUUUGCAGCAAUUGUACCUGAUACAUUAUCGCAAAACAAAAGUCCCAAUUCAGGAAAGGAUGUAAAUACUUUCACAAGACUGAGCCUUGUGGAGGUUCUCUGUGGAAUCAGAACCUACUUCCAGUCAAGCUAAUGGGAAAAUCCAGUUUAUUUGGAGAAUCGCGCUCUUUUUGGAAGCCCAGAUGUGCUUGCUGGGAGAGGUAUAUGGAUCUCUUCUAUUUAGCAAGUUUGUUCGGUUUUUAACAGUUCCAUUCCCUGGACAGCAAAUUGAGCAAAAAAGAACUGGAUGCAAUCUCUCUGAUCUCCUCUCUUCCACAUUAGGAGGGAGGAGUGUGAGAGAACUGAAAAACUUAAACAUUUUUUUGCCCUUCUUCUUUUCUGCCUUCAAAAAAGCAAACAUUUUUAAAAGGAUAUAUUGAGCUCUUGUUUUAGAUGCAUGUGAGAAAAUGAAACCAGUUGCACAGUUUAGUAACGGUGCAAGCAGAAUUCAAUCCAUUUGAAGUUGUCUUGUAGAACAGAUUGAAACUUAUGCAAAUAAUUUUUAACAAACUUUCAACAAAAUUGGUAUUUUUACACAUGGUAAGAACUGUUUAAAUGUGAUUUGAGCAUUGGGCGGCAUAAUUCUGAUUUCAGUAAGAGUCAUAAUGCCUUUUUUCUCCAUGUAAUGCAUGACAUUACAUGGAAGGACUGCCGCUGUAUGCCCUGUAACUUUUAGUUACUCUACAUGCCUCAUUUUAAGGAUCUAUUUUUUAAACUUAAAAAAAAAAAUGGUUUUUGAGUGCCACUUUUUCACUGAGCUGUGUUGAGGUUACUGGGAUUCUCAUGUAUCAUGUACAGUGGGACGCACACAUGCUAUCAACACUUUGAAGAAUUCCUCUGGUUCUAGGUGUUGCUAUUUGUAUUACUUCAAUGUUUGAUUACAUAACGCUUUCUGCUGUUAUUACAAACGUGGAACUGUGCUACAUUAUCAUUUCUGAAGUGUGACAAAAGAGCAGAAGCUAUGUCUAAGUUCUCCAACGUGCAACAUUAAAAAUGGUGAACCGUU